CAAGGAGAGUCACGCAGUGUUGCUGUUGACGUUUAAAACGAGACUUCGGAUCAGGAACCUGCUGAGUUUUUGGGGUUUUCCUCGCCGUCUCUGCGGUAGAAUCGGAGAUGAACAGCGUAGGGGAGGCCUGCACCGACCUGAAGCGGGAGUACGACCAGUGCUUCAACCGCUGGUUCGCCGAGAAGUUCCUGAAGGGGGACCGGAGCGGCGACCCGUGCACCGAGACCUUCAAGAUGUACCAGCGCUGCGUGCAGAAGGCCAUCAAGGAGAAGGACAUCCCGAUCGACGGGGUGGAGUUCAUGGGCCCCAACAAGGACAAACCUGAGAGCUGAUACACGCUGAUCACCAAUAACACUCAGAUCGAUACACAACGAGGACCUGAGGCAGUACAUGAGGCCCGCUGAGCAUGCGCAGAAGCGGAGAUGAAGCCGGAGCCUGGACCGACCGUGUGUUUCUGCUCUCUGCAGGACAUUCACAGCCGAGCUAUAUAACCGUGAUCUGAAAGAAAACAUUUGGAUCUGUGUGUGUGUGUGUGUGUGUGUGUGUGUGUGUGUGUGUGUGUGUGUGUGUGUGUGUGUUUCUGCAGAUUUUAACACACACAACUCACCCCAGGACAGAUUUCUUUUUCCUUUUAUUUUCAAACCGGACGCUUAUAUUUGAAGUAAAGUGAAUGUUUGCUGCAAAGCUGCAAGUAGGGCUGAAAUAUGAAGUCAGAUAGGUAAUGUACUGCAUCACUGGUGCUUUUCUCUCUUUACAUCAGACAUUUGAAGACGUCGAUAUGGACAUUUUCUUCACCUUCAGACACUGUACAGAUUCCCACUGCACCCCUCAUUAUGUUUUGGAAAGCUGCAACCAAGGAUUAAUUUGAGCUGCAGCUCAGCGCUGUGUGCCUGAUUUUUCUAGUCAUAAAUCUGCAGUAAACAUGAUUUUUUGAUAUUUAAAUGUUCAAAUUUUAGAGUUAUAAGGGUUUAGAAACAUCAGUUUGCGCAGCGAUGUUUGGGUUGAUACCAUUAAUUACACACAUUCGGUGCCAAGACAAAUAAUCCGAACUAUCUCAUUAAGGAACAGCAGAGAAUGAUCCAUAAUGUGAUUUGGUUCCAAAAGCUUUUGACAUUUUAGAGAUUUCCUUUUCAUGUUUUCUUGAUGCACACAUUUUAUUUUUCUGACUGUAGAUGAAUAAAAAGUGUAUGUUGGAGUUUAUUUAACAUGAAUGUUUGCUGCUGUAAUUUCUGCAAAUAGAGCUGAAAUAAUUAAUUUAAUCUAUCAAGAAUCCGCUCACUGCUGCUUUUCUCUCUCUCUCUCACCAUGGACAUUUUCUUUACCUUCAAACUAAAAGAUUGAAUGCAGCAGCCUCUUGAGACCAUAAAAAUGGUGAAAAAUUCCUCCAGACUCUGGCAUAAUACACUAAGACCUUCAACAACAACAGAGAAAAAUCUCUGCUGUCAGGCUCAUUAUUUUGACUGUAGAUUAAUAUAAAUUGAUUAAUACAUUUACCAUAACAAACAACUUUUUGUGAUUUUGUGGCCAAUUUUAAUUAUCUAUAUUUUGUGCGGAUAUAUUGAGGGUUUCUGCAACAAAAAUUUUUGCAAAAACAUUUUUUUUUUUUUACAUUAAUAUCACAUAUUUGUCAGUAUUUAUAUAUCAGUAAUCUCUGGAUAUAUAAUCAGGGACUCUACAGGUUUAAAAAAAUAAUUAAUAGAUUUAACUGAAACGUCCCCAGUUGAUUCCUGACUUUAAGAAAAUUACCUUUUAUAUUACAAGUUAUCUGAAAUUAUAUGUUUAAAUCCGCAAAUGAGACAUUAUCUUAUUAAAUAUGUACUAAUCUGCAUACAUUUCCAGAACAAAAAUGUGAACAUUGGCAGGUUCAAAAUUCUUAUUUAUUCUGUCGUUACAGAAAGAAUCUCUUUUUAUCCUUCCAUAAAUCAGACAAUACUGUAAACAGCCAUAAAAAUCUCAAUUAUCACCAUAUUAUUAGGAAUAGAAUGUAUAAAAUUGAUGAAUGUAAGUGCUCCUGAAAAAAUAAAGGGAAAAAAUAUCUGAAUAAAUUGCUUUUUCAGACUUUCCA